AUGUCUGAUCAACUUACACCGCUAGCUAUAGCAUUCUCUGGUGCAUUAGGCGCUGUUGUUAGCAACGGCAUUGUUUACCCACUUGACACACUCAAAACACGCAUACAAGCUAAAGACGCUAGCGACGAAACUGAAGACAGCGAAAGCAGCGAUAACACCAAAUAUCAAGUCACAGACAUUUCAAAUGAUCUAGCACACAUCCCUAAGAAUACUCUUAUCAACGGUAUCAUAAAGCUGUUCAAACAAGAAGGCAUAGCAGCUGCGUAUGGUGGUUUUGGUGCAAGUAUGCUCAACACAUUCUCACAGCAAUUCGCAUACUUUUAUUGGUAUGGCGCAGUGAGAACGGCGUGGAUCAAGUCAUCCAAAAACAACGGCAAUCUAUCCACAGUUGUUGAGUUACUCAUCGGUGCAAUAGCCGGCGAUCUCGCACAGGUAUUCACUAUACCUGUCAAUGUCAUAGCCACAAGACAGCAGAUCGGCGUGCAAGACGGCAACACCAACGCUACCUUCUUCUCCGUAGCUAAGCAGAUAAUCACAGACGACGGUCUUACUGGGCUGUGGAGGGGCUUACAGCCAUCGCUGGUUCUUUCAGUCAAUCCCGCUAUCACUUACGGCGCUUACGAGAAACUUAAAACUGCCGCUCUGUCGAGACAUCUCAGCCGCAGCGACGGGAGGAUGAGUCCAUGGGCCAAUUUUUUCCUCGGGGCUAUGUCCAAGACAGCAGCGACUAUCGUCACAUACCCUUAUAUCAUGGCGAAAGUUAGAGUCAUGGCUGGUACCCCGGUUACUUGGCGUAGCUCAAGAACCAUUGAGCAGGACAAGAAGGAGUUGAAGAAGAAUACAGGCGCACUUAAGCUCCUCAUGCACAUUUACAAGAAGAGGGGUAUUGCUGGGUGGUACCAGGGCAUGCACGCUCAAAUUGUCAAGGCCGUUCUCCAACAAGCUCUCUUGUUCGUCUUGAGAGACAUAUUUGAAAAGUACACCCUUUUCGGCGUGCUUAUCUUGCGCUCUCUCCGUUCAGCUUGA